AGUCGUUCUGUCUUGCUCUGCACUGAUUCGCUUGCAAGAUUUGAUCUUUCAACCCCUCCACGGGACCCAGUUCUAUUGUGUCGGCUGAGACAAAACAUCCAAGAUGCCUGUCGAUCCAAACGAUCCAGAUUUUCAGUAUCUGGCCGUCGACAGAAAAAAGAUGAUGAAAGAACAGACCCAGACAUUCGACGGUAAAAAGGCCUGCUGGAUUCCUAAUGAAAAAGAAGGUUUCAUUCAAGGCGAAAUUAUCAGCACCAAAGGAGAUGAAGUUACCGUGAAGACAAUAAAGGGCGAGACUGUGACGGUGAAGAAGGACCACGUUGAUCAGAUGAAUCCUCCCAAGUUCGAGAAGAUCGAGGACAUGGCCAAUCUGACCUACCUGAAUGAAGCCUCCAUCUUGUACAACUUGAAAUCCAGAUACGAAAUUGGAAUCAUUUACACCUAUUCUGGUCUGUUUUGUGUUGCUAUCAACCCAUACCGACGUCUGCCAAUCUACACAGCUUCCAUUGUUGAAAAAUACCGAGGCAAGAGGAGGGUAGAAAUGCCGCCCCAUCUGUUCUCAAUCUCUGACAACGCCUACCAGUUCAUGUUGCAGGAUCGUGAGAACCAGUCUAUGUUGAUCACAGGAGAAUCUGGUGCUGGCAAGACUGAAAACACCAAGAAAGUAAUCCAGUAUUUCGCCUUCGUGGCUGCUGGAAAGGGCAUAGCCGAAAAACCAGAAGAGAAAAAGAUUGGAACCCUAGAAGAUCAAAUCAUCCAAGCUAACCCAGUGUUAGAAGCUUAUGGUAAUGCAAAGACAACCCGUAAUAACAAUUCAUCCAGAUUCGGUAAAUUUAUCCGUAUCCACUUUGGCACGCAAGGCAAGAUCGCAGGUGCAGACAUUGAAACCUAUCUGCUUGAAAAAUCUCGGGUAACGUUCCAGCAACCACUUGAAAGAAACUACCACAUUUUCUACCAGCUAACUUCUGGUGCUAUAAGUGGAAUGUCUGACCAACUCCUGAUGAGUGCCGAUCCCGGUCUGUACAGUUUCAUCAACCAGGGAGCACUUACUGCUGAUGGUAUUGAUGACCCAGAAGAAAUGAGGCUCACAGACAUUGCGUUUGACGUGCUGGGUUUCUCUACUGAAGAGAAGGGAAGUAUAUACAAAUGCACAGGAGCAGUCAUCCAUUUUGGAGAGAUGAAGUUCAAGCAGAGGCCGAGAGAGGAGCAGGCCGAGGCAGACGGAACUUCAGAGGCUGAGAAGUGUGCCUUCCUGUUGGGUAUCAACACCGGUGACCUUGUGAAGGCUCUACUUAAGCCCAAGAUUAAAGUCGGCAAUGAGUAUGUGACCCAGGGUCGAACCAAGGAUCAGGUCAUCUACUCUGUGAACGCCCUUGCCAAGUCCCUGUACGACCGCAUGUUCAAGGCUCUUGUCAUAAGAAUCAACAAGAGUUUGGACACCAAAAACAAACGUCAGUUCUUCAUUGGUGUGCUGGACAUUGCAGGAUUCGAGAUUUUUGAUUUCAACAGUUUUGAACAGCUGUGCAUCAACUACACGAAUGAGCGUCUGCAGCAGUUCUUCAACCACCACAUGUUCAUCCUGGAGCAGGAGGAGUACAAGAAGGAGGGCAUUGAGUGGGAGUUCAUCGACUUCGGCAUGGACCUGCAGGCCUGCAUCGACCUCAUCGAGAGGCCCAUGGGUCUACUGUCCAUCUUGGAAGAAGAGUGCAUGUUCCCCAAGGCUUCAGACAAGACCUUCCAGGAGAAGCUGUUUGCCAACCACAUGGGCAAGACUCCAAACUUCAUGAAGCCGGUCAAGGGCACCAAGGGGGCGGCUAACGGCCAUUUUGCAUUGAAGCACUACGCUGGACUAGUACCUUACAACAUCAUUGGGUGGCUGGACAAGAACAAGGAUCCUCUGAACGAGACCGUCGUCGACCUGUUGGCUCACUCCAAGGAGAAGUUUGUGCAGACUCUGUUUGCUCCAUCAGAAGAAAUGCCAGAUGUUGAAGUGAAACGCCGCAAGAAAGGAGCAAGCUUUAUGACUGUGUCACACAUGCACAGGGAAUCUCUGAACAAACUGAUGAAGAACUUGUACAGCACACAUCCCCAUUUUGUGCGGUGCAUUAUCCCCAACGAGUUCAAGACUCCAGGUCUGAUUGACGCUCACUUGGUGCUGCAUCAGUUGCGGUGUAACGGUGUGCUUGAGGGAAUUCGUAUCUGCAGAAAGGGAUUCCCCAACAGGAUCAUCUACUCUGAGUUCAAACAGAGAUACUCCAUCCUGGCUCCCAAUGCUAUCCCUCAAGGUUUUGUGGAAGGCAAGCUGGUGUCUCAGAAGAUCCUAGAGGCCCUGGAGAUGGACGUAGCUGAGUACCGUCUCGGUUUGACCAAAGUCUUCUUCAAGGCUGGUGUCCUCGGUUACCUUGAGGACUUGCGUGACGCGCGACUCACCAAGAUCAUCUCCUUGCUGCAGGCACACAUCCGGGGAUUCCUGAUGCGCAAGGCCUACAAAAAACUCUGUGACCAGAGAGUUGGUCUGUGCGUAAUCCAGAGAAACAUCCGCAAGUGGCUGGGACUGAGAAAUUGGCUGUGGUGGAAGCUGUACAUCAAGGUGAAGCCUCUCCUGAACGUAGCCCGAGCUGAGGAUGAGAUGAAGGUGAAAGAGGAGGAGCUGGCCAAGACGAAAGAAGAGCUAUUAAAAACAGAACAGAGACGGAAAGAGCUUGAGGAGCAGAACGUCACCCUGCUGCAGCAGAAGAACGACCUCUUCCUGCAGCUCCAGGCUGAACAGGACAACAUUGGUGAUGCUGAGGAGAAGAUUGAGAAACUUGUCGGCCAGAAGCUGGACCUUGAGGAGCGGGUUAAGGAGAUGGAGGAGAGGCUCCUUGAUGAGGAGGAUGCAGCAGCUGAAGCUAAUGAGAAGAGGAAGAAACUGGAAACGGAGAUCGAGGAAUACAAGAAAGAUGUAGAAGAUCUAGAGACGUCGCUGGCUAAAGCGGAACAGGAGAAGCAAACCAAAGACAACCAGAUAAAGACUCUCCAGGACGAGAUGGCCCAGCAGGACGAACAGAUAUCGAAGCUUUCCAAGGAGAAGAAGAACUUGGAGGAGCUGCAGAAGAAGACUCUGGAUGAUCUACAGAAGGAGGAGGACAAAGUGAAUCACCUGAGCAAGCUGAAGACCAAGCUGGAGCAGACUCUCGAUGAGCUGGAAGACAAUCUGGAACGAGAGAAGAAGGUCAGAUCUGAUGUAGAGAAGGCCAAGCGCAAGUUGGAACAGGAUCUGAAGAUGACACAGGAGACUGUGGAGGAUCUAGAGCGUGUCAAGAGAGAACUGGAAGAAAAUGUCAGAAGGAAGGAUGUUGAGAUCAACAGUCUGAACACAAAACUCGAAGAUGAACAGUCUCUGGUGGCUGCACUACAGAAAAAGAUCAAAGAACUUCAGGCAAGGAUCGAAGAGCUAGAAGAGGAACUUGAAGCCGAAAGACAGGCCAGAUCCAAGGUUGAGAAACAGAGAACUGAGUUGUCACGUGAGCUAGAGGACAUCAGCGAGCGUCUUGAUGAGGCAGGUGGCGCCACCGCCGCGCAGAUCGAACUCAACAAGAAGCGGGAGCAGGAGUUGCUGAAACUGCGCCGUGACCUUGAGGAGCAGACGCUGCAGCAUGAGGCCCAGAUCGCGGCACUGCGCAAGAAACAUGCCGAUGCAGCCAACGAGCUCGGAGACCAGGUGGACCAACUACAGAAAGUCAAGUCCAGACUGGAGAAGGAGAAGCAACAGCUGAAGGCCGAAGUGGAAGAUGCUCACGCCCAGAUUGAGCAUGUCAGCAAGAACAGGGGUGCAUCUGACAAGAUGACGAAGCAGAUGGAGAACCAGAUCGCGGAGGCACAGGCGAAGGUGGACGAGGCGAACCGUCUAGUGAGCGACCUGCAGAGCCAGAAGAACAAACUGCAGAUGGAGAACGCCGACCUCACCCGGCAACUCGAGGAGGCAGAGCACCGACUCGGGCAGCUCACCAAGGAGAAGAACUCUCUCAACGCUAACCUCGAGGAGGCCCGCCGAUCACUGGAGGACGAGACACGGGCCCGCCAGAAACUUCAGAGUGAGAUGCGCAACCUGAACGCUGACCUUGACGGUAUUCGCGAGCAACUUGAGGAGGAGCAGGAGGCCCGAUCUGACCUCCAGAGGGCACUGUCUAAAGCCAACACCGAAGCCCAGCAGUGGCGUGCCAAGUACGAGUCGGAAGGUACCUCCCGUGCUGAAGAGUUGGAGGAGAGCAAGCGUAAGCUGCAGGCCAAACUGACUGAAGCUGAACAGAAUGCUGAGGCUGCGGCCGCGAAGGUCAACGCCCUUGAGAAGGCCAAGGCCAGACUACAGGGAGAGCUGGAGGAUCUCAUGGUUGACGUGGAACGAGCCAAUGCUAACGCCAAUAACCUGGAGAAGAAGCAGCGAUCUUUCGACAAGACGCUCCAGGAGUGGCAGACAAAGUGCCACGACCUACAGCAGGAGCUGGAGAACGCACAGAAGGAGGCGCGCAGCUACUCGGCGGAGCUGUUCCGCGUGAAGGCGCAGUACGAGGAGUCGCAGGACUCGAUUGAGGCGCUGCGUCGCGAAAACAAGAACUUGGCCGAGGAGAUCCACGACCUCACCGAGCAGCUCACCGACGGUGGCCGCAGCAUCCACGAGGUCGAGAAGGCACGCAAGCGGCUCGAGCUGGAGAAGGAGGAGCUGCAGGCUGCCCUGGAGGAGGCCGAGGCCGCCCUCGAACAGGAGGAGGCCAAGGUGAUGCGGGCCCAGCUCGAGAUCUCCACCGUCAGGUCGGAGAUUGACAGGAGGCUUGCUGAGAAAGACGAAGAGUUCGAGAACACUCGUCGUAACCACCAGCGAGCCAUGGACUCGAUGCAGGCCAGCCUCGAGGCGGAAUCGAAGGGCAAAGCCGAAGCCCUGCGCAUCAAGAAGAAGCUGGAACAGGACAUCAACGAGUUGGAGAUCGCCCUGGACACUUCGAACCGUGGCAAGGCCGAGCUGGAGAAAAACAUCAAGCGUUACCAGCAGCACGUGCAGGAGCUGCAGAGUCAGGUGGAGGAGGAGCAACGCAACCGCGACGAGGCACGCGAGUCAUUCAACAUGGCCGAGCGCAAGUGCGCGAUGCUAAACGGGGAGUGCGAGGAGCUGAGGACUCACUUGGAGCAGGCUGAACGUGGCCGCAAGGCGUCGGAGAAUGAACUGGCAGACGCCAACGACCGCGUCAAUGAGCUGCAGGCCCAGGUGUCGUCGAUCUCGGGGCAGAAGAGGAAGCUGGAGGGAGAUGUCACUGCAAUGACGGCUGACCUUGACGAGAUGAACACGGAACUGCGGAACUCGGAGGACCGAUGUAAGAAGGCGCUGGCGGAUGCUGCCCGCUUGGCGGACGAGCUGCGCCAGGAACAGGACCACGGCAUGCAGGUGGAGAAGCUGCGUAAGAACCUCGAGAGCCAGGUGAAGGAGCUACAGGUCCGACUGGAUGAGGCCGAGGGCCAGGCUCUCAAGGGAGGCAAGAAACUCAUACAGAAACUAGAACAGAGGGUGCGAGAGCUGGAGAAUGAAUUUGACAACGAGCAGCGGCGUCACGCGGAGACCCAGAAGAACCUGCGAAAGGCGGACCGCCGACUGAAGGAACUCGCGUUCCAGUCGGAGGAGGACCACAAGAACCAGGAGAGACUCCAGGACGUCAUCGACAAGCUGAACCAGAAGAUCAAAACAUACAAACGACAAGUCGAGGAGGCCGAGGAAAUAGCUGCUAUCAACCUGGCGAAGUUCCGCAAGGUGCAGCACGAGUUGGAGGAUGCUGAAGAGCGUGCCGACACGGCCGAGGGCACCGUGCAGAAACUGCGUGCCAAGAACCGCAGCUCCGUGUCUGUGGCCCGCACCAGCGCCAGCCCAGCUCCGCUUGGUCGAGCCCGGAGCACUGACCGCAGCUUUAGAGCUGGGUCUCAGUCAUAAAGUCUCCGAACUACCUUUCCAGCCCCAGACAAGUCCGCGGUCGGUCGACACUCAGUCCGUUCUGUUCUCCACCGUCCAACGGGGUUGACGACGAAUAUUAGCGCUACUGUGCCUUUUUGUUAUUCUUCUACAUGUGCCUUUGGAUAAUCACCAAUAAACACGAAACAGUUCAUAUAGUCCAUGAAUUGGAACAUUUUUGUCGUUUUUCGCUUGUUCCUUCAACAAAGUGACUAGAAUUGUGUUUGUUGGUUUAAGACCAAAAUAAAAAAAACUUUGAAAAAAAACAACAAAACAUUCAUUAGCCAAAAUAGCCUUUUUUUCUUUUUCGUUAUGCAUUUUAAUGUAAUUCAUAGAUAUUAUUUAAAUACAUGAUAACUUAAUGGUAUUUAUUUGUAAUUUUAUUUUUCUUGCCCGUUUUGGGUUUCUUGAUCAGAUUAUUGAUUAUUAUAAUGAACUAUACAGUUCUCGGCUUGUAUGCAUGUGCUCGAUAUUUUGUGGCUGGAUGUACCACAGAACAGAAAACAACAAACAUUGUUGCUUAUUGACAGGGAGGAUUGUUUCCCUAAUAUUUUCUCUUGUGUACGCAGUACCAACAAUAUUAGUGUAAUGUAUAAGACAGUUAAUAAACUUUCUGUCGAUGUAA